UUGUCGUCAGCACUGGGCGACGACUUGCUUAGUGCUAGGGAGCUCGUUUGUGACUUUCGAUCAGCCCUUGCUGUAUAGAAUAAGAAAAACGAAAUAUUUUUCCCAGUGUUUGUCAGAUACGUCGACAUUUAGAUAUCUUUAAUAUAUUUUUAUUUAUACAGUUAAUGUUAGUCGUUAUAUUUUGCCUGACAUACAGAAAAUUGGAGUAGGUAACACGUUUCCGCUGUCAGAAUCAAUCAUGGACGAGAAAGAGCUGGUGGAGUACUUCCAGACUCAAAUGAGGAAAGACCCUGAUGUGGCCUCUGCAGUGGCAGCCAUCCGCACGCUCCUGGAAUUCCUAAAAAGAGACAAAGCUGAGACAUUGUUCGGUCUAAGGAAGAACCUGACCCAAGCCAUUGACCGGUUGGCCGAGGUGGACUCCUCAGUGGCAGUGUCUUCAGGCGGGGAGCUCUUCCUGCGCUUCAUCAGCCUCACGUCACUGGAACAUUCGGAUCUCUCACAGUGCAAAAAAGUAAUGGUUGAACGAGGAGAGCUUUUCCUGAAGAAAAUGUCUCUCUCUAGGAGCAAAGUUGCAAAACUCUGUCACACUUUCAUUAAAGAUGGAGCAAAAAUCCUGACACAUUCCUCAUCCAGAGUGGUUCUGAGGGUCCUGCAGAGUGCAGCAGCAGAUAAGAAACGUUUCACUGUUUAUGUUACAGAGUCACAGCCAGACUCUGCUGGGCGAAACAUGGCAGAAGCUUUAAGUAAACUCAACGUUCCAGUUACAGUGAUCUUGGAUGCAGCAGUUGGAUACAUACUGGAGAAGGUAGAUCUGGUAAUUGUGGGAGCUGAAGGUGUGGUGGAGAGUGGUGGAAUUAUCAACAAGAUUGGUACCUACCAGCUCGCCCUGUGUUCUAAAGCCCAUAACAAACCCUUCUAUGUGGUUGCUGAGAGCUUCAAGUUUGUCAGGCUCUACCCUCUGAACCAGCAAGAUGUCCCUGACCGGUUUAAGUACAAAGCAGAUACCUUGAAGACAGCUAAGAACUUGGCCAAGGAACACCCCAUGAUUGACUACACUCCACCCUCCCUCAUCACCCUCCUCUUCACUGACCUUGGAGUCCUCACGCCAUCAGCUGUUAGUGAUGAGCUUAUCAAGCUUUACCUGUAAACCAUUUCAGAAUCUCAAAUAAAAACAUAAACUUUGU